UGUUGUGAAAACCAGACCAUCUGCUGAGGUACUACAGUUACAUUCGGCCCUCAGAAAGCGCUUGGCCAGCUCUGCAUUAGCGCUCUAUUGGAUUACAAGCCCACAAAACAAGUUCACCUUGAUCUUUCACUUAAAAUAUAAAACAUCUCAGGGACAAACUUUGACAUGAAUACGUAAACCUGUGAUGUUUCCAUCUAAAGAAAGCUGAAAUAAAACAGAACCUUUUGGUUCAACUACAAUAAAACAACAGAAGCACCAGAAACAAGUCUUGACGCUCUCCGUCAGGAAGGAUGGCAAACAGUGCCUCUCCCGAACAGAAUCAAAACCACUGCUCAGCCAUCAACAGCAGCAUCCCACUGACACAGGACAACCUCCCCACCCUGACCUUAUCGGGAAAAAUCCGUGUGACAGUUACUUUCUUCCUUUUUCUACUCUCCACAACUUUCAAUGCUUCUUUCUUGUGGAAACUUCAGAAGUGGACUCAGCGAAAAGAAAAAGGGAAAAAACUCUCAAGGAUGAAAGUGCUUUUAAAACAUUUGACCUUAGCCAACCUGUUGGAGACCCUGAUUGUCAUGCCACUGGAUGGAAUGUGGAACAUUACCGUGCAGUGGUAUGCUGGAGAGCUCCUCUGCAAAGUCCUCAGCUACCUGAAGCUUUUCUCCAUGUAUGCCCCAGCCUUCAUGAUGGUAGUGAUCAGCCUGGACCGCUCCCUGGCCAUCACAAGGCCUCUCACUAUGAAAAGCAACAGCAAGCUCGGACAGUUCAUGACUGGCUUGGCCUGGCUCCUCAGUAGCAUCUUUGCUGGACCACAGUUAUAUAUCUUCAGGAUGAUCCAUUUAGCAGACAGCUCUGGACAGACAGACGGUUUCUCUCAAUGUGUAACACACUGCAGUUUUCCACAAUGGUGGCAUGAAGCCUUUUAUAACUUUUUCACCUUCAGCUGCCUCUUCAUCAUCCCUCUUCUCAUCAUGUUGGUCUGCAAUGCAAAAAUCAUCUUCACCCUGACAAGCGUCCUUCAUCAGGAUCCCCACAGACUACAACUGAAUCAAUCCAAGAACAAUGUACCACGAGCUCGGCUGAAGACCCUAAAGAUGACGGUUGCAUUUGCCACUUCAUUUACCGUUUGCUGGACUCCCUACUAUGUCCUAGGAAUCUGGUAUUGGUUUGAUCCUGAAAUGGUAAACAGGGUGUCAGACCCAGUAAAUCACUUCUUCUUUCUCCUGGCUUUUUUAAAUCCAUGCUUUGACCCACUUAUAUAUGGCUAUUUCUCUCUGUAACUGUCAGACUACAUAGGAAAUCAUGUAAAGAGAGCAAGAUAAUGAAUUUCACCUUUGGGGAAUGAUCAACACAAAGCAUAUUGCGGUACAUUUACAUAUAAAAGAAGCAGAGUUUCAGGUUAUAUUACUAUCCACAUUCUUUUAGAAAUCACAUUGUUAGAGAUUUAACAAGGGAAAAAUUUUCAGGAAAAAUAGUGAAAUAUUUCCCCUUAAUCAUAAGAUUCUGAAUUAACCUCUGCUUUCUGAGCUCCCAUAACCCAUUAUGUGGGGUUUUUUUUUUUAUCACUUUCUUCUUUUAUAAUAAUGUAUCAGUGUUUAAAACAGCCAUAGCUGUUUUCAAAGAGAGACCAAAAAGUAAGGCUGAGAAAACACAACACAGUCCUAACCUCAGCACGACAGGGGAGUUUUUCUCCAAAGGGGUUUAGCAGCAAUUACAAUCUUACGCUGAGAUAAUAUGUAGACCACAGGGAUAGUAUUUCCCCUGCCCAUAUGAUCAGUUUUCCGUCCUGUGAUUAAAAAAAAAAAUGCAAUGAAUCUAAUUUUUCCUUUGGCUUCAAAAGCAUUCUGAUGUUUGGAGUAUUCAGCAACCAACCCACCAUCCACUACUCCAACCUGGCAAGACUCACAAAUAGUUCUCCUUCAUCCCCUUGUUUACAUGGUACAGGCUGUGAAGGGCUGCCAUGUAAAAGGAAGCCUUAGAGGGAUCUGCAUUUGGACAGGGGGUC